ACCGUCUCGUCUCGCUUGCGUCGCGAGAGCUACCGUUACUCGCACUCUCCCCCACUUUGAUCUGACAAAAAUCCCAAUCCCCUAGGCCGGACUCGCCGGAACCCUAGCCCGCCGCCGCCGCCGCCAUGCCGCCCCGCCGGUACAAGGGGAGGGGGAGGGGGAGGGGGAGGGGGAGAGGGAGGGGGAAGGGGAGGGGCAGAGCCGCCGACGCGACGCCCGUAGAGGAGGUCGACGUGGAGGGCGCCAAGUCUGAAGAGGAGGAGGAGGAGGAGGCGGCCGCGGGGAGCGGGGGUGAUACGGAGGCGGAGGACGCUAAGGAGGAGGGGGCGUCGGAGAGUGAGGGCGAGGCUAUGGAUGUGGAGGCCAAGGAGAGCGCCGACGAGAAGGAGGAGGAGGAGGCAGAGGCGGAGGCGGACGGGGAUGAGGGUGAGGAUAAGAGCGAUGAGAUGGACGCCGAAGCGGGUGCAGCGGAGGAGGAGGCGAAGGAGGAGGAGGAGUUGAAGGAUGCUGAGGUCGAAGGGGAAGGCGCGGGGAGUGACUCCGAGCGCGGCGAAGCAGAGGAGGCGGACGGGGAGAACGAGGAGGAAGCCGCCGCGACGGACGGCGAGAAGGAAGAGGAAGCCGCCGAGACCGACGGCGAGGAGGAGGCGGAGGAGGAAGCCGCUGAGACCGCCGGCGAAAAUGAAGACGAAGGCGCGGAAUCCGAUCCCGAAGGUGAGGCCUCCGACGCCGAGGAGAAUGCUUCGGAGGAAUCCCCUCCGUCCCCUCCGACCCGCGGACGCCGCCGCAAGCGCGCGGCUACCUCCGACCCUCCUCCUGAGGAUGACGAAGAGGAGGGGACCCCUGCGCAGCCGCGCCGCCGCAAGCGCGCGGCUACUUCCGACCCUCCUCCUGAGGAUGACGAAGAGGAGGGGACCCCUGCACCACCUCGCCGCCGGCGCCGGCGGAAGGCGGGGGACCGCGGCGACUCUCCCCCUCCUCUGCCCGACCACCUCCGGUGCCGCCGCAGUGAUGGGAAGAAGUGGCGCUGCCAAAACCGAGCGCUCCCCACCGUUAGCUUCUGUGAGUAUCACUACUCGAGGGCCAACAAGGGCAAAAAGCCACCGGCGGACGGAGAGGUCCUUGCUGUUGCUCUCCAGCGGCAGAAGAAGAACAAGAGGAAGGGUAGAAGGAAUGUGAAUGCAUCACCAGCAUCACCUCCGGCAGCCACUAGCGACGUGACUAGGGAUCUCCCGAAUGGACUGAUGAGGAUCUCUCCAGGGAGCAGCGAGCCUGCCGCAUCGCUGCCAUCGCCAGUGACAACAAAAGUUGGAGUGGAUAUUCCUGUUCCGACGCAGCGCUGCUACCGCUCGAAGAAUGCUGAGCCGAUGCCUGUUGGCCCUGUUAAGGUUGUUCCUCGUGCAAUGGGUAUGUCAAAGGCAGGGCAAAAGACGUGUCACCGCUGCGGGAUGAAGAAGGCCGCUCGUAUUGUCCAGUGCAAAAACUGUGACAAUAGGUACUUCUGCAACAGCUGCAUCAACAAAUGGUAUUCUGGGUUGUCCAAGAAGGAUAUUAAGACGCGCUGCCCAGUUUGCCGUGGUUCAUGUGGUUGUAAACAAUGCACCCUUGGUCAGACUAAGGGUGCCAUUAGUAAGGAAUCAUCAGGUGAUCAAGACAAGCUGAUAAGUAUAAAGAUUUGCAAUCAUCAAUUGUACAAGCUUUUACCUGUAGAACUGAACCAGGAGCAGCUUGAUGAAUUAGAAAUAGAAGCUAAAAUACAAGAAACAAAAAUAUCAGAUGUCCGAGUCCAGGUAGCUGAUGAGCAAAGCGGAUCACUCGACUGCAAUAACUGUAAGCUCUCCGUGCACCGAUUCCUGAGAAGCUGCCCAAGAUGUCCUUUUAAGCUGUGCUUAAGUUGCUGUCAGAAGAUACGUGACGGGAAUAUCUCAGCCGCCACCCCUGAAGACAAAUUUAACCAACGGUUGCUUCAGCAAGAGUCAGCCCAUGAGGAUGGCAGCAUUAGUUGCCCUUCCAUCGAGUUAGGUGGUUGUGGCGACUCCUUGCUAAACCUGGUGUAUGUGCCCCCAUCUGACCAAUCUGAAGAAGUCAGUUCAGGAGACGAGCUAGAUGGUCCGGGCAAUCAUUCUGGAGUUAAAGAUGCUGUUGCUGAGAGUAAUGGAGGCCCUGACAGAUUAUCCGUUGGCCAGCAGGAGACCGUUUCCUCAUAACUACAACUGCCGAUGUUGCUGAUGUCCCUUUCAUCUUUGAGGUGAGUGUGAGAGUGUCAUAACUGUGGAGACGCUGAGAGUAAUGAGCAUGGAAUGUUCAUUCUAAGGGCUGGAAAGGUGAGGGGUGUGCUCCGGAUUCGUUAGACGGUAGAUUGCCUGAUUUAGCGUGAUUAUCGGCCCAUAUCGGCCAUUGAUUUUAGGUCUGUGACCUGUGGAUAUUCUCCGAGUAAUUUUUUCCGUACCUGUUAAAUCCUUGGUUUGGACAUGGUGUACAUAGGCCUAGGUCUUUGUUUACCCCUCCUUAGUUAAAAUCUGGUUGGAGCUUGCAUUGGCUGUA